AUGGACGCAGAAGACAAUAUAGGAGAUUCUGUCGAAAACGCGAAUCCAUUAUCAAACGUACCUACGCCGAUUGAUGAGGAAAUUGAUGAAAGCGACGAAGAAGAAAAGCGUGUUUCGUUCGUGGCCCAGUUUUACAAUUUUCUGGAAUUGCGAGGUAGUCCCAUAGAGGAUGCGCCGUUGAUGGGUGGGAGAGAAAUCGAUCUCUAUGAUUUGUAUAACGCGGUUCAAGAACUGGGUGGUUUUAACAGGGUUACGAAGUUGCAGCUUUGGAAUGAGGUACUGAUCAAACUCAAUUUGCAAGGUAAUCCAGAAGCGACACCGGAUACCAUUAAGGAAGCAUACGUUAGGUAA